CGGACACCUGUAAGCACGCAGACUCCCUGCCGAGCUGGACGCACGCCGCACGGCAAAGUUCCGCCGAAAUCGUCGCAGAUCCUGCAGGAUCUCGAAAGUGUGCGUUGUCGACGUCGUUUUUCGCUUUGCGAUUUUUCAUGAAAAGUGCGUUGUAUUUGGUGAACAUGUGAGCGUGUCCUGCGAUUUUUGUAAAACUACAAAAGAAGUCGCUCUGUCAACCUGCUGCCUCGAGAAUCGCAAGUCCGGAAUCUAACGAAAAUCAAAAAUGUGUCACCGGAGAGAAUCGUUAGAUACUCGUGUUUGCUAGAAUGUUACACGUAAAUUGGCAACGGAAAAACAUUAUUGAACAUUUCCGCGCGAAUUUGAGUAACGCAAUUUUAUCAACAAAUACACACAGACGCCGUUAAGGAUUUUUGGCGCAAAAGUUUGUUGAUCCAAACACCGAUUUUGUUGCAAGAAGAUCGUUUUUCGAGAAAAUCGUUAAAACAUAAAGAUAUUGUUACACAAAAUCAACGAUUUCGCACAAUGAGAAUCUGAGAACGCGAUGGGAGAAGAUAAAUGAAAAAAAGAAACUCGCUUCACACAAUUAGUUAGUAAUUUUGAAAUGUACUGAAGAUCGAAAUUCAUCUUUUUUGCAAAAAAAAAAGAGACGCAUAUCGUACAUAUAUAGACUUUCUACCAGCGCUCGCCGCAAAGUUGAGAACGAUGGCUGGGACGAAGAGAUCUCGAAUUUUCGCGGCGCGAUUUACGCAGCGUCGAUGAAAAACGGUCGGCGCGGUCUUUGAAAGAGCGAAAAUCGAAAAAUCGUGCUCGUCAUACACUUCUCCUGAAAAAAACGAGAACGCGACGAUGUUGAGCUUUUAGAAUGCGAAACGGGAAAAGAUGCGGAUAAAGAAGCGAAGCGGUGCUAAAGUCUGGCUUCUGCUAUUCGUGCUGCUGAUCCAAGAUGGCAGAUGUAUAAAAUGGCUCGGCCUCGGUCGCACCAGCGACGCGUACACGUGGACCAAAGAAGCGUGCACCAGCGCGAAGAACGCGGGCUUGUUGGAGAGGAAACAGGCCAGAGCCUGCCGGGCCACGCCGGAUUUGAUGCCCAGUUUGGUGCAAGCUGCCAAAGACACGUCAACGGUAUGCCAGCAAGCGUUUCGUUAUCGCAGGUGGAACUGUAGCAGUAUCGAACGCGCGCCCAGCUACACGCCCGAAUUGCUUACAGGCACGCGAGAGCAAGCCUUUGUUUACGCGAUGUCGGCUGCCUCCGCGGUCUGGCGGCUCGCACGGGGAUGCGCUUUGGGGAACCUGGCGGCCUGUUCCUGCGCGACCCCGCCGCGCAGAGAGCCGCCUUCACCCUCGGCUCUCAUCUCGCCCUCGUCCUUCACCGCCAUGUCCGUUUCGUUCGACACCCUGUCCACGAGAAACUCCUUCAAGUGGGGCGGCUGCGGGGACGACGUGAGAUCCGCCUCGAGGAUGGCGAAGCGGUUUCUUCAGGGCUCGACGUCGCCCGGUACCGGCGCGACCGCCAAGUUCUUGCACGCGGUCAACAUGCACAACAACAGAGCUGGUCGCAGAGCGGUCGAACAAUCGCUGACCUUGGAGUGCAAGUGCCACGGGGUGUCGGGAUCCUGCAGCGUGCGUACCUGCUGGCGCGGUCUGGGCGCAGCGGGACCGUCCGCGGCCGGAAGUCGCCUGCUUCGCAGAUACACCACCGCGGCGGAGGUCAGAGCCAGAUCCGGCGGUAGAUUGCCGCCCCUCUAUCACCACGACAAUCUGCUCUUCACCACCAAGAGUCCGGAUUACUGUUUGCCAGACAAGAAGAGAGGCAGUCUCGGAACGAUCGGCAGGCAAUGCAACGGCAGCAGCUCCGGUUACGAGGGCUGCGAGUAUCUCUGCUGCGGUCGCGGCCACGUCACCAGGACCGAGAGGAUUCUUGAGAGGUGCAAUUGCAAAUACUUCAGUUGCUGCUACGAAGUGAAAUGCAAGACAUGCACGCGAGUCAUAGAAACGUACACGUGCAAUUGAAUCAAUCAAAAACAAAAAGA